UACACAUGGCGAGUUCCGCGGGGCUGUCGCUGUGCGGGCAAGCGCUGGUGGUGCGCGGCGGUAGCCGGUUCCUGGCCACCACUAUUGCAAAUAGCGAUGACGACAGCCUCUUCACAUAUGAUUGCAGUACUGCGGAAGAGAAGCCACAGGAAAAUAAAGGGGAGGACGGGCAGCCCGUGGAGAAGGGGAGUGACACGAUUCUGGCUUCUGCCUUCUCUGAGUCUGGCAGCUAUUUUGCUUUAACCGAUGACAGUAAGCGUCUGAUUCUUUUCCGUACAAAACCAUGGCAAUGUCUGAGUGUCAGGACCGUGGUGAGGCGGUGUACCGCCCUGACAUUCACAGCCUCCGAGGAGAAGGUUCUGGUGGCCGACAAGUCUGGGGACGUCUAUUCCUUCUCCGUGUUGGAGCCGCAGGGACGUGGGAAGCUUGAGCUGGGACACCUGUCUAUGCUGUUGGAUGUGGCCGUGAGUCCCGAUGACCGCUACGUGCUCACUGCGGACCGUGACGAGAAGAUCCGUGUCAGCUGGUCGGCAGCGCCCCACAGCAUCGAGUCCUUCUGCCUGGGACACACGGAGUUCGUCAGCCGGAUAUUCGUGGUGCCUGACCACCCGGAGCUGCUGCUGUCCACCUCCGGGGACGGAACUCUGCGGCUCUGGGAGUACCGGAGCGGGCGGGAGCUGCACCGCUGUCCCGUGCCCAGCCUGCAGGAGCCGGAUGCACCCCAGAGAGAGAAGAGGUUCGCCGCGUCCCGGAUCACGUACUGCCGCCAGGACGGUUGGGUCGCCCUGCUGUGUGACAGCAUCCCUGUGGUCUGCAUCUUCCAGCUGGACGUCCCCCGGCACCUGCUGGUGUACAGGCAGCAGCUGUCCUUCCAGCACCGAGUGUGGGACGUUGCCUUUGAGGAGACGCAGAGGCUGUGGGUCCUGCAGGACUGCCAGGAAGCUCCGCUGGUGCUCUACCAGCCAGUGCAGGGGCAGUGGCAGUCUGUUUCUGAAGACGACGUGCUAAAGAAAGUCUCCAGUCACCUUCGCGGGAAUUGGGCCAUGUUAGAAGGCUCCGCUGGCGUGGGGGACAGCUUCAGUAGUCUGUACAAGGCCAGCUUCGACAACAUGGCGACCUACCUGCAUAAGAAGGAGGAAAGGCUGCAGCAGCAGCUGGAGAAGAGGCAGCGACGGAAGAGCUCACAGCCUGGGCCCAAUGGACACGCCAAGAAGCUGAAGUCGGGCGACGCAUCCUCGGGCUGCUGA